AUGAAAUUGGUACGAUUUUUAAUGAACAUACCCAACUCAACAAACCAACCGGUUACAGUUGAAUUGAAAAAUGGAAAUAUCAUUAAUGGGACGCUAUUGUCGUGUACACCACUGAUGAAUCUCAAUUUAAAAAACGUUAAACUACAACAGAAAUAUCAGGAUCCAAUUUUGUUACAAUAUAUCAACGUUAGAGGCAACCAAAUAAGACAGAUUUUACUACCCGAAGAUUUAAACAUUGAUAGUGUUUUGGAGAAAUCUCAAACAAGGAUUAAAGGUCAAGGGGCCGGUCCAAGUGCUAAACCUGUAAAACGAGGAGGAUUACGUGGUAGAGGAAGGGGCAGAGGAAGUGGUCGUUGA